CUGUCUGAAUUUUGGUUCAUUUCUUGUCUCCUUUGUUUAAAGGGCGCCUUUACGGGUCUAAUAUACGGCUUUUUGCUUGGCAUCGUGCGUAUGGCGCUAAGUUUCUUCUAUCCUGAUCCCAUCUGCGGUGAGGUCGAUACCCGACCGGCGAUUAUCGGUCGUGUGCACUACAUGUACUUUGCCAUGAUCUCCUUCUUCUCCACGGGGAUCAUUAUGUGCAUUGUCUCGCUACUUUCCAAACCACCUACUCUGGCACAAUUAAAUGGGCUUACCUACUGGACCAGAAAAGAACCCGUUAUUCUCCAAGAAAGUCCAGUCUCGGUAAGAAUUGACGAAGAAAUUUCUGUCAGUGGGUUCUGGGACGAUCUAAACGCUAACGGCAUGGAAUCGACCCGGAGUGCCUUAUCAAAUGCUGAUCCGCCACGACAACCCAAGGCAUCAGGAGACGCUGUUGAGGAUGCGAGCGGUGCCGGUCGCGAUGGUGAAGUAGACUGUCACCAGAGACCCUCAAAACGCCAAGUCGCGGCUCAUGUCUGUGAGUGGAUCUGCGGCCUCACGGCCACACCUUGUCCCGAGAAUAUGGACCCAUCUGCGUGCUGUUGUGCCUUUUGUUAUCCUCCAUCGCACGAUAAUGACAGCGCCGAUGAUGAGGAGGGAAUUCAUUCGGCAGGCGACGUGAUCGAGAUCCACGACGCCAACUGGACCGCUGAGCAGCAAAAGGAGGCGCACGAUCAGCCUGCUAUUGCUCAACUUGGUGUUGAUGCACUGAAGCAAAAACGACCAGUCAAGAUCAUGCUCAUGAUCGGUCUCAUUGGCCUUACCUCCUUAACUAUUUUCCUCUAUCUGUUUUUCACGUUCUUCUUUGGUGAAAUUGAUCUGGGUCCUGUUCCGGUUGUGUGGUCAACUAGGCCGUCCUCGGGCCCGCUCGACGAUGCGAUACGUGUCCUAGAGAACGCCAAUAUAAUUUCCACCUCUACGACUUAG